AUGCAGAGUGGCAAUCCGAAUGAAAAUAUGAAUCAAUCGAGUAUAGAACUUUUAGAUUUACCUGAUGAAAUUUUACUUAUGAUUCUAAGAAAAUUGAACAAUGUUCAUGUUCUUUACACAUUAUUAAAUAUUAAUAGUCGACGAUUAAACAUUUUGGCACAAGAAAAAAUCUUUGCUCAGAUUCUCGAUUUUGUAUCGAUUGAUAAUACUACGUUAAUGAAUCAACUCCAACUCAAUCAAAUUUGUACGAAUAUAUUACCAAGAAUUUCUGUGAAUGUCACAUAUUUCGUUGUUAAAUCAGUAUUUUUGGAACGAAUUUUAAUGGCUGCUGAUUAUCCAAACCUGACUAAGCUGAAAAUUUUCGAUUUUAAAAAAGAAAUGGUUUCAGCGCAUUUUUCAGAUAGCUCGCCACUUCGGUAUAUCUUUCAAAAUCAAAUUAGAAGCCUAAUUUUAGUAAACAAUGACAAUAUGAGAAAGACAGGUUCAUCAAAAACUUAUACCAAAAACAUCUAUGAACCCAUUUUACAUUUCUUCAAGAAUUUAAGACAACUAAGCAUAUGUAAAACAUCCUACUUAUUGUACUCGGUGUUAUCAAUCUGCUCUUUACCAUCAACUGCUUUCGCGGCUGCUAAUCUGACUUAUUUAUGUAUUAAUGUUCUUAAUUUGGAUGAUUGUCUUUACCUGCUUGACGGUCGACUUAUGCAAUUAGAAGUACUGAUUGUUGAGAUUGCCGCUAUAAAUGAUUCUUCAACAAUCAUUCAUAAUACGGAUGAUUUACCUAAUUUGAAAUGUUUCUCAUUACAAACUUUUCUUCCAACUUGCUCUUACGAUGAUAAAAUCCUUCCACUCCUUCGUCGUAUGUCAUUACUGGAAAAAUUGACAUUAUAUCUUCCUUUACAUCGAAGCACAUUUAUUGAUGGAGCUCAUAUUCAAGAUGAAAUACUUGCUAAUAUGCCAGAACUUCAGUCAUUCACUUUUUAUAUUCGCACUUAUAACAGGACCGGUAAUCUAGCACAUAUAUCAAGCGAAGAUAUUCAAAGAACAUUUACAGAUAAUGGACAACAACACGUAGUUAGCAUCGUCAACAAAAUUGGUCUUACAACAACUACGUGCUGCAUUUUCACUGUUCCAUUUCUGUUUGAUCAGUUAGAAGAUAUUGGAAGUAUAUUUCCAAAUAUAAUAUUCUGUAAUGUUGAAUAUUUGUCGGUAAACGAUGUGAUUCCAUUGAAUCAUGACUUCUUCGUUCGUGUUGGUCGAGCUUUUCCAUUACUAAAGAAUUUUCGUUUUCUAAAUUAUACGCUACAAUCGUUAGCCGAUCUUGAUAUGUUUUCAACUGGCAAUAAUCAACUGUACGAAAUCGCUGAAUAUCCUCGUCUUCAAUCACUUGACUUAUUAUGUGCAAGUGGGUGUUAUGUUGAACAAUUUCUUAAUGAAAGAAAGACAUAUGCACCAUAUCUAUCUAAAUUAACAGUUGUUUUUAACGAUUUAAGAAAUGUAACAGAAGAUUUUAUGAGAGAAGAUACACGGCGUAAUUGUAUCAAUAUCGAGCGACUAAUUAUGUUCAUACCAUUGGUUCAUUCUAAAGGUUUCUAUACUUAUUUUCCUCUCUUGCGUAUCUAA